GUUAACGCUGUCAGCUGCUGUCGGUGGAGAGCAGCACCAACCAACAGCGGCUCAAACAGACCGACAAUGGAGACGGAAACACGGAUGGAGCUGCAGUAGAGAUCCGGGGAGGAUGCUGCGGCUGCUGUGAGUGUUUAGUCCGCGUCAGCUGCACCUGCCGUGGAUGAUUUUCCCAGAUGGGUUGUGGGGGGAGUCGGGCGGACGCUAUCAUCGAGCCCAGGUACCAUGAGAGCUGGACCAGAGAAACGGAAUCGACGUGGCUUACCAACACGGACGUAGAGACCUCUCUAGCAGUGGCAAACGGUAAAGCCCUGGAGGCCAGUCUGAGGGAGAAAAGGAUGGUGAACACAGGCACCCAGUGUGGGAAGCAGGCCCUCACAUCCACCGGCUCCAACCACCAGAGGAGACCCAGACGCUCCCUGAGUGAUGUAGGUGUCACUGGUAGCAGCAAACCACCCGUGACACCAAAAGGAGGGCAUCAAAAGAAGCCGGUGCGCUGUGUAAGGAUGGGCAGCCCGUCAGUAUCAACACUGGUGGAGAGGCUGCACCUGGGGACGUGUGUGAUGAAAGAUGAAGAAAAGCCAAGACUCUGCGAAGAGGAAGAUGGCCGGAUCUAUGAAAAGUUCACCAGAAGACGGGAUGGUGAUUUACACAAGUGUGUGGAUGAUCUUUGCUAGGGACUUGGUUCUUUACAACACAAGCACCUGCAUAAUGUCUCAAUCCAAAGAUCUCGGGAUGCUGCAUCUUUGUUGUGCCAUUGCAAAUGCAUGCGUGAAGUGAAGCAAGAGAGUGCAUCGCAAACAGCGUUAACGCUCUCCACCAGGCUUUUCUCCCAUGCUUAUGGUGCCGGUCAUGGAAUGGGUCACUGUGUUAAGCCACUUUUAAAGAAAACAAGAACAGACCGUACCGUAUGCACAUGAUAAUCACAAUCUGCACAUCAUAUGUUUUCUGUGUGUGUGGGGCCUUCCUUAAGAAUUAUGCUUCAGUUCUUUGUGCAAGUAUAUUCCUUUUGUUGUGACUGAAAAAACAAUGAUGAUGCUGUUAAACUGUAAAUGCUGUAAAGGAUUUUCAUUUAAAUGACCCUGAAGUGCUGUUUAGAAACUCGGAUUUGGAGGUUUGACACUUGAAGGCUGAAGACUGUCUUUUCCAGCCUUUGCAAGAUAAAAAAACAAACACCCGCAUGUGCCUACAAUUCAUAUUUAUCUGAACUGCUCCUGUUUUCACUUUGAGAGUUUGUUUUAUUCAGUAGUAUGUGUUCUCUUACAUCUUAUUUUAUGUUAGGAUGUUAAAGUUUAUAAGAGACCAUUAUUAUGGAUCGUAAUGAUGAGCGUUUAUGUGGCUUAUACACUGAUCUGCAUGUUUAAAUCAAUCUCAAAUGCAUUCAGCAAUGGUCAGGAGAACAUCGGGAGUUGAAAGAGAGAGUAAUGGCCAGCAGAUGGCGUUGUUGACCAGUCGGGGUCUCUGAGAAAUCCCCUGUCUUAACAUUUUACUGCUGCUUGUCAAAAGUUUUUGAUGAUUCACUGAGAUGAUAAUGUUGAAAUGUGUACAGGUCAACUUUUGUGAGUGAAAUACCAUUGAAACACUACCAUAUUUUUCUUCUUUAAAUUAAAAUGGUCAGCUACUUAAUUUGUGAAAUCCAAAAAAA